CUCGGUGUGUCUCACUCAAACCGCUCCCCCUCCCCCGCCCGGAACCUUGGCGCCGCGCUCCGCCCUUGAGCGCCGGAGUGUUUUGGGCAACGGCAGGAGCGCGGCUGGUCUCGGCUGAGGGGAGCCUGGCUGGGCCCGAGAGAGGCCGCGGAGGAGGAGGAGACCACCGGUUGGCGCUGCCGCUUCCACCUUCCCCUGCCCGGAGGCGGCGGCGGCAGAAGGAGGAUGUGGCGGGCCCGGGCGGCGGCCGCCUGCGUUUUCUGUCGAAAUCGAGCAAAUGGGACCUAUGGAGCAAGAGCGAAGUCGCCACUGCAGAAACUGCAUCUUGUUUCCCGAAGUAUUCAUCAUUCCUGCAAUCCUGUUUCCAAAUUUCAAAGGCUGCCAUUACGAAUCUCAGUACAGCAGUUCUCCAUUCUUAAUCAUUUUCCCUUACGCAACAGCAAACUUCUCCUCGUAAAGUAUGGAUCCCAACCCCAGAGGACCUUUUGGCUAGCUAGAGUGGCUUCAAGGCUUCUAAAACUUCGCUAUAUUGUCUUAGGAUCUGCUGUGGGUGGUGGCUACACAGCCAAAAAGACAUAUGACCAAUGGAAAGACAUGUUGCCAGAUCUCGGCGAGUACAAGUGGAUUGUUCCUGACUUCGUAUGGGAAAUUGAUGAAUAUAUUGACUUCGAAAAAAUUUCAAAAGCUCUUCCUGAUUCAGAAGACUUUGCUAAGCUGCUUCCUGACUUUGACAAGAUUGGAGAGAGCUUCAGAUCACUGUCGGGUUUCUUCACUCCUGGUUACAAUUUGAUUAGUGAAGUCAUAGGAGCUUCUGAUCUACUUCUCUUGUUAGGUUCUUCAGGGGAUACGGCAUUCAGAGCUACAGACCAGGGACGUGAGAAUGAGAAGCAAUAUAAGAAGGGUCUUCUUGGCGAGCUCAUUCUCUUGCAGCAGCAAAUCCAGCAGCACGAAGAGGAGGUGCGCAGAGCCGCUGACCAAUACAGCACAGGUUCCUCCCAACAGAAGCGAAAGAUUCCUGACAAGGAGAAGGUGGAUCAGCUCCAAGAAGAACUUCUGCGCACUCAGUUGAAAUAUCAACGGAUGCUUGAGCGUUUAGAAAAGGAGAAUAAAGAGCUAAGGAAGAUUGUACUGCAGAAAGAUGACAAAGGCAUUCAUCAGAGGAAACUGAAGAAAUCUUUGAUUGACAUGUAUUCUGAAGUCCUGGAUACCCUGUCGGAUUAUGAUGCUAGCUAUAAUACCCACGAUCAUUUACCUCGGGUUGUAGUGGUUGGAGAUCAGAGUGCUGGAAAAACCAGUGUGCUCGAAAUGAUAGCUCAAGCCCGGAUCUUCCCUCGAGGCUCUGGAGAAAUGAUGACUCGUUCACCCGUUAAGGUCACCCUCAGUGAAGGUCCUCACCACGUGGCCAUGUUCAAGGAUAGUUCUCGAGAGUUUGAUCUGACCAAGGAGGAGGAUCUUGCAGCUCUGAGGAAUGAGAUUGAGAUCAGAAUGAGGAAGAGUGUCAGUGAUGGCUGCACCGUCAGCUCUGAGACCAUCUCCCUCAGUGUUAAGGGCCCUGGCCUGCAAAGGAUGGUGCUGGUAGAUUUGCCAGGUGUCAUCAGUACGGUGACCUCAGGGAUGGCUCCGGACACAAAGGAAACUAUCUUCAGCAUAAGCAAAGCCUAUAUGCAGAAUCCUAAUGCCAUCAUCCUUUGCAUUCAAGAUGGGUCUGUGGAUGCAGAGCGCAGUAUUGUCACGGACUUGGUCAGCCAAAUGGAUCCUCAGGGCAAGAGGACGAUCUUUGUUUUGACAAAAGUGGACCUUGCAGAGAAAAAUGUGGCCAGUCCAAGCAGGAUCCAGCAAAUAAUUGAAGGCAAACUCUUCCCAAUGAAGGCUCUUGGGUAUUUUGCAGUAGUUACAGGAAAAGGAAAUAGCUGCGAAAGUAUUGAAUCUAUUAGAGAGUAUGAAGAGGAGUUUUUCCAAAACUCCAAACUACUUAAGAACUGUAUGCUGAAGGCCCAUCAGGUGACCACGCGGAACCUCAGCCUUGCUGUGUCGGACUGUUUUUGGAAAAUGGUGCGAGAGUCUGUGGAGCAGCAAGCAGAUGCUUUCAAAGCAACCCGUUUUAAUCUGGAGACUGAAUGGAAGAACAACUACCCGCGCUUGCGAGAGCUUGACCGGAAUGAACUGUUUGAAAAAGCAAAAAAUGAAAUCCUUGAUGAAGUCAUAAGCUUGAGCCAGGUGACACCAAAGCACUGGGAGGAGAUCCUUCAGAAGUCCUUGUGGGAGAGGGUCUCGACGCAUGUGAUAGAAAACAUCUACCUUCCAGCAGCACAAACCACAAAUUCGGGGACUUUUAACACCACAGUGGACAUCAAGUUGAAACAGUGGACUGAUAAGCAGCUGCCCAGCAAAGCUGUGGAGGUCGCCUGGGAGACCCUCCAGGAGGAAUUUGCUCGCUUCAUGACGGAAGAGAAGGGCAAAGAGCACGACGACAUCUUUGACAAACUGAAGCAAGCAGUUAAAGAUGAGAGCAUCAAACGACACAAGUGGAAUGAGAAAGCAGAAGACAGCCUGAGAGUGAUCCAGCACAAUGCCCUGGAAGAUCGCUCCAUCUCAGACAAGCAGCAGUGGGAUGCGGCAAUUCAGUUCAUGGAGGAAACGCUUCAGAGUCGCCUGAAAGACACUGAAUCAGUUAUUGAAGACAUGGUGGGCCCGGAUUGGAAAAAAAGGUGGCUCUACUGGGUGGGACGCACCAAAGAACAGACCAUCCGCAAUGAAACAAAAAAUGAACUUGAGAAGAUGAUCAGAUGCAAUGAAGAGCACCCAGCCUACCUUGCAAAUGACGAGGUCACAACUGUCCGAAAGAACCUGGAGGCUCGAGGGGUGGCAGUGGACCCGUGCUUGAUAAAAGACACCUGGCACCAGGUUUACAGGCAGCAUUUCUUGAAGAAAGCUCUGGGCCAUUGCAAUCUCUGCCGGAGAGGUUUUUAUUACUACCAGAGGCAUUUUGUGGACUCUGAGCUGGAAUGCAAUGAUGUGGUGCUCUUUUGGCGGAUACAGCGGAUGUUGGCCAUCACCGCCAACACUUUGAGGCAGCAGGUGACCAAUACGGAAGUGAGGCGCCUAGAGAAGAAUGUAAAAGAAGUGCUGGAAGAUUUUGCUGAGGAUUGUGCGAAGAAGAUGAAGCUGUUAACGGGGAAAAGAGUUCAGCUUGCUGAGGACCUCAAAAAAGUUCGGGAGAUCCAGGAGAAACUUGAAGUCUUCAUUGAAGCCCUCCAUGAAGAAGAGAAGUAGGCGGUUCACACAGUUGAACCUCUACAGCAAGACAAAGCCCUCUUCUGGAACACACUGCACUAGAAAGGCCCAGUGGAUCCUCCAGGUCCUCCUCUUCUCCCUCUUGCUCUUGUUUAGGGGUGUCCUAGGAGGUCACAAAGGAAACGAGGCAACUAGCAAGAGCCUGUGCGUUCUUGGGUGCAGCGUGCCUUAUGAGUGGGAGGUGGUGACGAUUAUGAAUGGGACGCAAGCCUGGCAACAGGAAUCUGGACUUUGUGAUCUUGAAAUGAUGAUUCGGAGGCGGGUGUCCAGAUUGUGCAAGUGCUCUCUUUUUUUUUUUUCUCCAGGGAGCUGGCAGAAGGGCUCCUUUCAUCUCCUCAAGUGGUUUUAUCUAGCCUGGAGCUCUGGUGCAUGAAGAUCCUGAGGAGCUUAAAAUAAAAUUUUAGCAUUUGUGCAUAUAUCGAUGACACCUUCUAAGUAAUGUUUGUUUGUUUUGUGUGAUCCAGCACACUGAGGUGUCCUCCAAGUGAUAAAAUUUGCCUUUAAAUAAUCUAUUGGGAGAAUUUAGGGAGUAAUUAUGGACUUGGUUGAAGCACUUGAGAGAAACUUGGCAGUGGUGAGCAAAAGUCCAGUGGAUGUUUCCAGUAUAUUUUCACAGAGGUAUUCAGGCUGCCAUGUAAGGGCCUCUUGCAUAGAGAUCUGCAUUAUCCACCAUUCAUUUUGUUGUAGUUUUUGGGGGGCGGGGGAUGGGACUUUGGCCAGCCACAUUUCAUUUUUAUUUUUUAUGUUUGCUGAGAAGAGUUCUUUACUAAUUCCAUGCCAAAUAAAAACAUUGUCAGAGGUGGUGGUGGUGAUGACAGCUUCCAGACAACUGAUUGUCCAACAGCAGCUUUUGAUACACUUGGGAUAAACAUCUUAGGGAGAGCCUUUGAAGAGAUUCGCUUGUGGAGUGUAAAGUGGGUGGCUUGGGUAAAAUGUAAAAAACUCGUGUGCUGUUGGGAGGCUGCUUUUUUCAAUGUGCUCCGGAUUGUUUAAGUCCUCCCCCUCCCCCAGUGGCCAUUGCCUUGUUGGAGCCCCACUGCUGCCACACUUACCAAGUCUGGGAAGGUGGGGCGUUUCCCUUGCUCCCCCGCCCACCAUUGAUCUGUGAAAUCUGGAAACAAGAUGAAUGGCAGAGUGGGAGCCGUUGCUGCUGCUGCUGCUGGAAACCAAAAGGAGUGUGAUGGAACGAGAGCACAAUCCUCAUUCCUCCACUGUUAAAAAAUGAAAUGGCAUUGUGUAGAAAAUGACCCUAAUGUUUUCAGCCACACACCAGAGAUUUUGAGUCUUGGGAUCUCGUGCCCUUGAUAAUAGAAAAUAUUCUUAGCUCCUUUGCCCUCACUGGAGACAAGCUGAGGAGUUUGCUAAAAAGGAGUGGUGGAAGAUCGUCCCCUGGCCUGAGCCUGUAGUUGUCUGGUCCUCUGUACCAAAAGCUGUUUUGCACGGACUGGAGGAGAUCUCUGUUAAGUGCUGGUGUGAACCGCAGCCACUGCUUAAGGGCCUCCUCUUGUGGGCCAGGAGCCUUCGCUCUCUCCUCUCGUUUGUGUGCUGUCUGGUAAACUCUUUGGUUAUAAAUCGCAAUCACCGAUCUGAACCUUAGCAUGAUGUAUCCCGUGGAAGUUAUUUAUUGAAUGCAGAUGUCAUUGAAGGGAAACAAAAUAAACAGGUUUUUGAACACUU